AUGAACAAGCAGAAACUGAAGAAGUUCACCCGCAGGGCAGGAGGAGGUGGCAAAUGUGGAAGGACUGGAAGUCGUUGGGGAUUAGGAGGCCAGGAGAGCCGUGGAGGACCAUCUAUAGAACUGCGCCAAAGAAAAAAGCCAAAAUCUUCAGAAAAUAAAGAAUCUGCCAAAGAAGAGAAAAUUGAUGACACUCCAGUUCCUGAAAGAGCUCCAAAACAUGUAUUAUUUCAGCGCUUUGCAAAGAUUUUCAUUGGCUGUCUUGCAGCAGUUACUAGCGGUAUGAUGUAUGCUCUCUAUUUGUCAGCGUACCAUGAGCGGAAAUUCUGGUUUUCCAACAGGCAGGAGCUUGAACGAGAAAUCACAUUCCAGGGUGACAGUGCCAUUUAUUACUCUUAUUAUAAAGAUAUGUUAAAGGCACCUUCAUUUGAAAGAGGUGUUUAUGAACUGACACAUAAUAACAAAACUGUAUCUCUGAAGACUAUAAAUGCAGUGCAACAAAUGUCUCUAUAUCCAGAACUUAUAGCCAGUGUUUUAUAUCAAGCAACUGGUAGCAACGAGAUUAUUGAGCCAGUAUAUUUCUAUAUUGGUAUUGUUUUUGGAUUGCAAGGAAUAUAUGUUACUGCUUUAUUUGUUACAAGUUGGCUUAUGAGUGGAACCUGGCUAGCAGGAAUGCUUACUGUUGCAUGGUUCAUUAUUAACAGGAUGGAUACAACAAGAAUUGAAUACUCCAUUCCUUUAAGAGAAAACUGGGCACUACCAUAUUUUGCAUGCCAAAUUGCUGCACUUACCGGCUAUUUAAAAAGCAACUUAAAUACUUAUGGAGAGAGGUUUUGCUACUUAUUGAUGAGUGCUUCAACUUACAUGUUUAUGAUGAUGUGGGAGUACAGCCACUACCUCUUGUUUCUUCAAGCAAUAUCUCUGUUUUUGCUAGAUAAUUUUUCACUGGAGCAAAGUGAUAAGGUUCAUGAAGUUUAUAAAAUCUAUAUAUUUUCUCUGUUUCUGGGAUAUUUACUGCAGUUCGAGAAUUCAGCUUUAUUGGUGUCUCCUUUAUUAAGUUUAGUAGUAGCCUUAAUGCUUGUUAAGUGCCUUCAGCUAAAUGUGAAGAAAAGAACUUUCGUAGCUAAAAUAAUGAAAUUUAUUAAUUUUUAUUUGGUGUGUACUCUGACAGUGACAUUGAAUAUUAUAAUGAAGACAUUUGUCCCACACAAAGAAAAUGGGCACAUGCUGAAAUUCCUUGAAGUGAAACUUGGACUAAAUAUGACUAAGAAUUUCACAAUGAAUUGGCUCCUAUGUCAAGAAUCCCUACAGGCACCAUCUCAAGAAUUUUUUUUGCGAUUGACACAGUCUUCUUUACUACCUUUCUAUAUUUUAGUGUUAAUUAUUUGUUUUCUUUCUAUGAUGCAAGUUAUUUUUAGGAGAAUUAAUGGUGAGUCCCUAAAAGAAACUGUUACUCUUGAAGAUGGACGAAUUGGAGAAAGGCCAGAAAUAAUUUAUCAUGUGAUUCACACUAUUUUUUUUGGUUCUCUUGCAAUGAUUAUAGAAGGCUUGAAAUACCUCUGGACUCCUUAUGUGUGCAUGUUAGCAGCAUUUGGUGUUUGUUCUCCUGAACUUUGGACGACACUUUUCAAGUGGCUUCGAUUACGAACUGUACACCCAGUGUUGUUGGCUCUUAUUCUGAGUAUGGCUGUGCCCACUAUAAUAGGUCUCAGCUUAUGGAAGGAGUUUUUUCCAAGAUUAAUGACAGAAUUAACUGAACUACAAGAAUUCUAUGACCCAGAUACAGUGGAACUUAUGACCUGGAUAAAAAGGCAAGCUCCAGUUGCAGCUGUGUUUGCAGGGAGUCCACAGUUAAUGGGUGCGAUUAAAUUAUGCACUGGAUGGAUGGUGACAAGCUUGCCUCUUUACAAUGAUGAUGAUCUUCUGAAGAGAAACGAAAAUAUCUAUCAAAUCUAUUCAAAGCGAUCUGCUGAGGAUAUUUAUAAAAUACUGACAUCUUACAAAGCUAAUUACCUAAUUGUAGAGGAUGCUAUCUGCAAUGAGGUGGGAACCAUGAGAGGCUGUAGGGUUAAAGAUUUAUUAGACAUUGCAAAUGGCCAUGUGGUUUGUGAAGAGGGUGACAAGUUAACCUACUCAAAAUAUGGGCGAUUUUGUCAUGAGGUCAAAAUUAACUAUUCUCCAUAUGUGAAUUAUUUCACUAGAGUGUAUUGGAACAGGUCCUACUUUGUAUAUAAAAUCAACACUGUGAUAUCCUUUCAGUCUUGAAAAUAGUAGAGACUUAUUCCAUCUGAAGUAAAAUGUUGAUUUUCUUCUACCAAUGGGGGUCUUUUUGGAAAUCAGAAUCUGGACAUUUGAAGUGUUGCUGCUGCUCUUCCUCUCCUGCCGUUAACUGGACCCAGAGUUCUAUGGGGAACAGAAGAUUAAGCAUCACUGGCCUUUGGUAAAUGUUAUAGCUUACCACUCUGCAGUAUUCCAGCCAGGGAUUCUUCUUACUGUUACAUGGUCUUUCAAGAUUUCACCUUCCAAACUAUUAUAAAAAUUUCCUCAGAAAUCUUUAUUUUAUCAUAACAUUGAUCUUGAAUUUGAAUAUAUUCAAGGUCUGAGUAUAUUUCUCAAACAUAACGUUUAAUAUAUACUUAAUAUGAUAUAAUUAUAGAAUAGAAGAAGAAUUAUUCUUACAUUCAAUGCAGUUUCUAAAGGUAUUUUAUGCUUUAUAAUAGGACUGACAUAUUACAAUAAAUAGCUAACGUAAAUGUUAGCUGAAAAUAUGUGGCAUUUAAAUUAAAGUGGAAAUGGCAUAAAGGAAAGUGAUUUUUAAGGAUAUAUAUAAAGGUAUAUCCAGAUUUUCCAUGAUACUGUUCUCAUCUGCUGCUUAUAUAAGUGAGCACUUUCUUAGUAAUUUACAUAGUGCAUGAUAUUGCAUUUUAUUACUUUAUGACUUUUAAGUGGUUAGCUUUUGUCACUUAUGCUCAUAAACUUGAUAUGAAUUUAAUCAUCAAAAAUAGUAACUCUCUGUACCUACAUAUUUUUUAAAACAGACAUUUAUAAUAAUGUUGAUCAGGUUUUUAAAAAAUACAGAUAUGGGAUUUAUAACCUAUUCACAUGUUUUAUACUAAAAAAUAUUAGGUAAAAAAUUGUUAUCACAAUAAAAAUAUGUACACUAAAACGAGCUACAGUUUCUGGAGAUAUGUGCAGAUACUGUUAAAUAUACCUCUGUUUACAGAUAGGCGUAUUAUAAAACAAAAGUGCUAUUAUUUGUGAAACUGUGAGGCAGUCUUCAACAUUAAGAACCAAAUGACAAUUAUAAAAUUCACAGCACUUAGUUCCUCUAAGUUAAAUAUUUUCAUAUUUUAAUCACUUAUUAAAAGAAAAUCUAAAAUGACUUACUUGGCUAGGAUGGGGGAAUGCAUGUUUAUUUUUAUCUUGUAUAUCUGUUUAGUGACCAGGUUUUCAAAGUGCUGUAAAAAUCAGUUUCACUACUCUACAUUAAAAGGGAGCAUCUUUCCAUUAUCUUUAUUUUCUGUAAUAUAUUUUAAAAGUACACAGGCACAGUCAUUCUUAGACUAGCUCUAGGAUGCUUUGCUCUUUUGGGGCUUAAGGAUUGUUUGAUGGCUGUGCCAUAUCUGGUGCAUUAAUUUUAUUAGUUCUCAAGCUUUUAUGUAAUUUUUAACAAUUCUAUUAAGAUAGCUGUAGGCAGGGUAUUUCAGGUUCUCUGUACAUCUUAAUAAUGAGUCACUAAUAUUUAGCUUCAAGCCUUAUAAAAAUAUUUAUUUCCAUAGUUAACCUAAGUACGUAGAACAUGUAAAACAUUGUGAUUUAAAAGUCAGCUUGCAUAUUUUGAAAGGGAAAUAGAACAGCCUAUUUUCUAUGCAGCAUGAAAUAUUUAACUGAAUUUUUAUUGAUUUACAUUAUAAUCAAAUAUGCAGAAUUAGUUUGUUGUGUGUUUUUUGUUUUAUUUUUGUUUGUGGUAUAUUAGUAAGUUGCUUUUGCUUCUGUCAACUUAUUUCUUAAAUAAAACAGAUUUGGAGAAACUU